AUGGAUAGAAGUUAUAGAGGAAAUUUGAAGAAAAUUGCAGAUGAACGAUCAAAGAGCAGGUCAGGAAGUCGCAAGAAAGAUUCUAUGGAUUCUGUCAAAAUAGUUCUUCAAAAACCAAGAGAGAAAUACUUAGAAGAGACUAAGAAAUUCAUUGAAAAUGAGAAAUCUCCUCCCAAAAAUUCUUUUAGUCAAGAAUUGGUAAACUUCCAUUCAGACUCUUUGCAAAAAUCUAAAAAUGCAGCGAAAUACUUGAACCCAGACUUAGCUGGAUUGCCUCCCAAAGGUGACCCUUUAUGUUCGAAAUGAAAGAAGAAGGUUCCAGUCCAAACUAUCAAAGAGAAUCCAGCAAUCAGAGAGGAGCCACCUAGAUUUUCUUGUGAGAAAGUAGUAGCUCAGUUGCAAUAAAACUAGCUGAGAACAAGGAUGAGUUAUUGUCUCUGUCCAGCAUCACUCAGGAGGUCCUGGCUACCAAUAAUGAGCUAGACCAUUACAAGCAGCUUGUUAAACAACUCAGUAUGAAAAAUGCCAUUCUUGAGAAUGAAAUCGAAACUAUCUAUAAGGUUGAAAUAGAGCUAUUCAAGGACCAGAUUUCAUGCUUAGAAGAGGAAAAUGAGGUCUUGAAGCAGAAAUUAGCCCCGAGCGAGCUUGAAUAAUUCAACAUUUUCAU